AGUAUUACAACCUGGUUUACGGCAACGUUUGACAGGCUGGCGCGUAGUUUGUAAACAACUGAAAAAGAACUGAAAGUUGCUCUGUAAUGUUAUAGAUCAUCUUUAAUACGGUUUAGUGUCAUUUGUCACUAUUUAACCUAACCACAGUGACGCUGAUCAACUGUUGUCUACUUCUUAAGUUCUUGUAAAGGUUUAUGGAGCAGUUACCAUGGCUGUAGCUAGCCACUCGAGCUAACAUGCUAACGCACCGAAGAGUCAGCAGCAGUGGCACCGCUUCAUGUGGCAGCGGCCAGGAAUGCUAACAGUCCACCUCCUAAGGAGAUCUUGGCUUCGACUACAGCGGCCGGGUGUGCAGCGGAGGACUUUCUGUGCGGGGCUGAGUGUCCAGUGUGUGGACGCAGCGCAGCAGGCAGACAUGAUCCGGAGCCGGGUUCAGAUCAAGAAGGUUCUUUGCGUGGCCGAGAAGAACGAUGCGGCCAAGGGGAUCGCAGAGAUCAUGUCCGGUGGCACAGCUCGCAGGAGGGAAGGAAUGUCAAAGUUUAACAAAAUCUAUGAGUAUGAAUAUCAUCUCUUUGGGCAGAAUGUGACAGUAACAAUGACGUCGGUUUCUGGUCAUUUACUGGGUUUGGAGUUUAAAGCACCAUUACAAAAAUGGCACAGUUGCAAUCCUGUGCUGUUGUUUGAUGCCGAAGUAGAAAAGUAUUGUCCAGAUAACAUGAUACAAAUCAAGCGAACACUAGAGAAAGAGGUGAGGCAGUGCCAGGCCUUAGUCAUCUGGACAGAUUGUGACAGAGAGGGAGAAAACAUUGGCUUUGAAAUCAUAGAUGUCUGCAAAGCAGUGAAGCCAAAUUUACAAGUCCUUAGGGCAAAGUUUUCUGAGAUCACGCCCAACUCCAUUCGGAGAGCUUGUGAGAGUCUAUCGGAGCCAGAUGCUAAUAUCAGCGAUGCAGUCGAUGUCCGUCAGGAGCUGGAUCUGCGUAUAGGUGCAUCUUUCACUCGAUUCCAGACACUUCGCCUACAAAAGAUCUUUCCAGACUCUCUGGCUAAUAAGCUGAUCUCAUACGGCAGUUGUCAGUUUCCAACUCUGGGCUUCGUGGUGGAGCGUUUCAAAGCCAUCCAGGCUUUCAUACCUGAGACUUUCUACAAGAUCAAAGUUCUCCAUGAAGUCGAUGAGGACACUGUGGAGUUCAGCUGGAAAAGAAACCGUCUGUUCAACCACACCGCGUGCUUGGUGCUCUAUCAGAUAUGCAUGGAGGAUCCCAUAGCAACAGUCACCUCAGUAACCAGCAAACCCAAGAGCAAGUGGAGGCCGCUGCCUUUGGACACUGUGGAACUGGAGAAACUGGCGUCUCGGAAGCUAAGAAUCAGCGCCAAAGAGACCAUGAAAAUAGCAGAGAAGCUCUACACCCAAGGGUUUAUCAGCUACCCUCGUACAGAGACCAACAUUUUCCCAGCAGGCCUGGCUCUCGGCCCGCUGGUGGAGCAGCAGACACAAAGCCCGGUCUGGGGGAUGUUUGCCCAGAGGGUGCUGGAGCAGCCCGGGGGUCCUAACCCACGGCAGGGGAAGAACUCCGACCAAGCCCACCCUCCCAUUCACCCCACCAAGUUCACCGGUGCACUACAGGGCAACGAAGAGCGUGUCUAUGAGUUUAUCGCCCGACACUUCUUGGCUUGCGUUUCCCAGGAUGCCUUGGGGCAGGAGACAGUGGUGGACAUAGACAUCGCCCAGGAGCAAUUCUCCACCUCAGGACUGAUGAUCAUUGCAAGAAACUACCUGGAUGUUUACCCGUAUGACCGGUGGAGCGCCAAGGUGAUACCUGUGUAUGAGCAGAACUCCCAGUUCCAGCCCUCUGCGAUCGAGAUGGUGGACGGAGAGACGAGUCCUCCACAGCUGCUCACUGAAGCUGAUCUCAUAUCGCUGAUGGAAAAGCACGGCAUCGGGACUGAUGCAACUCAUGCAGAACACAUUGAGACAAUAAAGAAUCGAAUGUAUGUGGGCUUAACGGCAGAUCAGAGGUUUCUCCCUGGGGAGCUGGGCAUGGGUUUGGUGGAGGGUUAUAACGCUAUGGGCUACGAGAUGUCCAAACCAAACCUGCGUGCCGAGUUGGAGGCUGACCUGAAGCUGGUUUCAGAGGGCAGGAAGGACAAAUGGAGCGUGCUUCAGCACCACAUCCAGAAAUACAAGACCGUCUUCAUCGAGUCUGUCAGAAAGGCAAAAAAGUUGGACGAAGCCCUGUCACCAUAUCUGGGUGAAGCUCAGGAGAUCACAGAAGCAGAGCAGCAGCACAUGGAGAUCCCUCUGCCCAUCAGGAAGUGUCCUCACUGUGGACGGGACAUGGUGCUCAGGAAGAAACGUGAGGGGAACGGUAGGUACCUGUCCUGCACGGGUUUCCCAGCCUGUAAGACAGCAGUGUGGUUCCCUGAGACCGUGCUGGAGGUCAGCAGAGAUGACAGCAUAUGUCCCACCUGUCAGCCACAUCCUGUCCACAUGUUAAAGUUCAAGUUCCGCAGGGGCAGCGUCCCUCCCAUGAUGCCUUUGGAAUUCGUUGGCUGCAUCGGAGGCUGCGAUGAGACGCUCAGGGAGGUGCUAGACCUGAAGUACCUCCGAGGAGUUGGUGCAGGCGCUGAGGGGGGAUCUGACCCUCGACCACAACCUCCCAGACCAGCGCCACACAGAACCGCCCCCUCCCUGCCUCCUGCCACCUCCUGGACCCCGCAGCCCCGACCUCCUCCGGGCGGAGGCAGAGGCACGGACGCCAACGACGCAAUUGUGUGCAACUGCGGUCAAGACGCACUCCUCCUCACCGUGCGCAAAGACGGCCCCAACCAAGGGAGGCAGUUCUACAAAUGCAACUCUGGGGGCUGCAACUUCUUUCUGUGGGCAGAUGAGCCCAGUCCACAGGGGCCUCCCCAGGCACCGAGCGCCUCCCAGCCUCCACGACCCUCACUGGGCUUCAGGAACACAGGAGGCAGAGAAGCGGCUGCAGGAGGAGGAGUGGGAGACACGAUGUGCAACUGUAACGAGGUGGCGGCGACGCGGACGGUGCAGAAGGACGGGCCCAACAGGGGCCGGCUGUUCCACACCUGCGGGAAACCACGGGAGCAGCAGUGUGGCUUCUUCCAGUGGGCAGAUGAGAACGUGCCGCCACCAGGUGGUCCCGGCGGUGGCGUCAGCAGAGGCGGAGACGUGGCCAGGAGGGGGAGGCCGGGGACGGGAGACGGCAAACCUCCCGCCAAGAAGCCUCGGACCUGCGGCCUCUGCCACAUGCCGGGACACACCCGCACCACCUGCCCCCAGCGGUGACGGGUCAGCGCCGCUCUGUGAAGCCUGUUUUAACCUCCACAAAUGCAACAAGUCAUUGUCAUUUCUGAGCAUAAGACGUUUUGUGUCUUGUUGCAAUAGAAACUAGACUUUGUCCAGACUGCACCGGCCGGUCUUCAUUCAUAUCCGACCCGUGAACGCACCCGUGUGUGACUCUUUGUGACUCAGUGACUCUUUCCUAGAGGGAAAGUCUGGGCCCUUUGUUUCUGUCGUAGAAUCUUUGACCCAGCUCAGGAUUUUAAGAAAUUAGCUCACAUGUCAAGUGUUUGAUGACAGACUCAGUAUCGCUUUCAUGCCUGGAGAAUAUGGAGCUACGUUCAGUGGCUGCUCAGCUCAACGUAAAGGCUGGAGACCGAGGGACCAAAGUCCACAAACAGCAUCAUAUGCUGGACUAUUAAUCUCAUUUCAUUUUAGGUUGUUUUUCAGAUGUUUUCUGGCUUCUCCCUUCAUUUGUAUUUCAUUUCAAGCAAAGGGGAACAAAGUGCUGGACACGUGGACACAGAGUGUAUGUGUUGUAUCACAGCAUCGUGUCUUUGUGCUCAGUGUCACUGAUGGGAGAGAUGUCCUGAUGAGGGUGCAUUAAACCCGCACUGUUGCUUGAAAUCAGAAAAGCUUCAGGAGACGCGGACGCUUUUAGAAGCUGCAGCAGCUGUCGUCACCUGAACGAGCUCAGAGGUGACUUCACUCAGCUCAGUUUUCAGAGCUCACUUCUAUAUUUUAAAUACAACAUAAUACUUUCACAGUUUCUUAGUGAUUAAUGAAUAAUAUGUUACAGUAUCAUUUAUACCAGAAACUGCAGCCAGAACUGUUAUUUAUUUUAAUUUGUGGCGUCAGCGUAUUCUUUUGAUCACAAUUAAAGCAAAUAAACUUGAAUACGUUUAAACCGCGA